ACAAGAUACAGUACUUUUACCUUAUAAUUCUGUGAAAAUUUCAGAUAUUCUUGAGUAUCUUUCAACUUUAAGUAAGCAGGAAUUUUUGGAUUUUAAUAAUGAAGGAAGAUUAUUAUUAGGAGAAAAUUUAAAUAGAUUUUUAUCAAAUGUAACAUUGAGAGAAAAUUGUAAUAUUUGUGCAUAUCAAUUAACAUGGGAUGAACAUUAUGAAGCAGAAUUAGUUGUUGAUAUUCAAUUUUUUGCAUCAGCUGUUGUUUCAGAAAUUCAAGAAAGAUUUCCUGAUAGACCUUUACUUAAUUCAAUGAAAAUACUUGAUCAUGCAAAUUGA